AUGGCUACUGCCCCAGAACCUGAGGUCGUCGCAGUGAAGCGGAAGCCACGGGACAAGUUCCUGAUCCUGGCCACCCGCGGGCUGUGGGACUUCGUCACUCCAGGCGACGCGUGCGCCUUCAUCGAGAAAAGAUUGAGCGAGUACGCGCAGCAGAUCAUCAUGUCGUCAGGCAAGAAGCCAACAAACAGCAGCGGCCCUCCCUGUGCCAACAUACUCGCCAAUGAGUUGGCCGCACAUGCGAUCAGCAAGGGCACCAAGCACAACGUGAACAUCGUCGUCAUACUGCUCAAGAAUUUCUGGGACCAGAGUUUUCCCUCAACUUGUAAGAAGUGA